AUUCUCAAAAGUUGCUGCCAAGUGCCACAAUUCAGCUUAAAACUUCACCUGAAAGCGAUGCGACGAUAUUCUUCAUUACGCCAACGUAUGCUCGCCAGGUACAGAAGGCCGAGUUGACGCGACUGUCGCAUACGCUACUUUUAGUGGAAAAUAUCCACUGGAUAGUCGUUGAAGAUGCACCCAAUCGGACUAGUCUUGUAGCCAAACUACUUGCUGAAGCGAAGCGACGGCAGGUGAAUAGAAAGUUUGAGUUUACGCAUUUAAAUGCGCUCACACCGAAUGACUUUAAAACUGUUGAUACCGAUCCAAAUUGGCUGAAGCCUCGCGGAGUCUGGCAGCGGAAUCGAGCUAUUGAAUGGCUCAGAGAGCAUUUUAAGGACUCGGCCAACGAAAACGGCGUCGUUUACUUUGGUGACGACGAUAACACCUAUGAUUUGAAGCUCUUUGAAGAGAUUCGCAACACUAGUCGAGUUUCAAUCUUCCCUGUUGGCCUCGUAGGUGGUCUGAUCGUCGAGAAGCCUCUGGUGGCUAAUGAUAAAGUCAUCGGCUUUAACUCGGUGUGGAACCCGAAGCGAAAGUAUCCCAUUGACAUGGCCGGCUUUGCGGUCAAUCUACAGCUGUUGCUGAAGAAAGAGGAGGCCAGUUUUUCCGAGCAGGUGCCUCGAGGCUACCAGGAGACACAUCUGAUUAGCCAACUGAUCGACUCUCUCGAGGCGCUGGAGCCAAAGGGACGUCAGUGCAAACAGGUGCUCGUCUGGCAUACUAGGACGGAGAAGCCCAAGUUGCGGCAUGAACGAAAGCUCAAAGUGCCCUCCACUUUUGGCAUGAUUGACGAUUGA